AUGUUCGCUGCCAGACGUUUCGUUGCCUCGUCACGGCGGGUUGCUGCGCAGCAGCCGCCUCGUCGUUUCGGCUCUCACUCCGCCCACGCUGAGCCCGUGAACGAAGGCAUCGGCCGCAGCUUCUACGUCACCGUUGGCAGCAUUGCCUCCGCAUACAUCCUCUACCGCAUCAGCAAGUCCACCGAGGACUCCGGCUCCGAGUCCUGGGUCUCCGGCCUGAUCAGCAAAUUCACUCCCUCUGAGAAGGACUUUGAGCAGCGCAAUGCCAUUCACACUGCUCUUAUGGAGAAGGCGGCUGCAGACCGCCACCUCCUCCAUAGUCAAGGACCCCGCGAGUCCUACGAGCUGCGAAUGCCCGAAAUGCUUAACUCUCGCUUCCCCUACAACGUUGCCCCCGGUUCUCAGGCCGACCUGAGCAAGGUCAAGGCCUAUUACGAGCGCCAGAACGCCGAGAUUGAGGCUUCCGGUGCUACGCGGGAGAAGAUUUACGAGUAA